CAAAAAUACUUUGAAAUAAUCUUCAGACAAAGAUUUUGUCACGUUGUACGCGCUCGUGUUAAGACCACGGGCACGAAAUCGCGAAAAAAAUCUUACUUUUUCACUCAGAGAUCUACUCUACAUUUCCUUCUGUCAUAGCUGGGGCUGUACUGUUUGCGAAUUCGAUCAUUUCGAUGGGUCAUUCUUCGAAUAAAAGAACGAAGACACGGCUUAAGGGCUUGUAAAAUAUACUACUACUUUUAGACGGUACAGUGUGUGAAAAGUGUUGGUGAACAAAUAUAACAUCGCCUGUCGAUUAACCAAUCCGAACAAUCCAAACUGCCGGUUGGCUUUAUCAUUACUAUUUUUAUCUUGCCCGCUAUCGGUUUAUCAGUGAUCUGUGGUGAAUAAUUCAGUGGGGUGAAUAGAACUAAGAGCAUCACCGGGAAAAGCGACAGCUAAGAAAACUGCGCAGCUCGGAAACCGGAAAACAGGAGAGAGUACAUUUUCCUCAUUACUCCACCCGCCUGGUGCUCUCGAGUGUAAAAAUGGAGGACGAAAUGCAGGAGAUGAAAAAGCAGGGCGAAAGUAUUGCCCGUACGAAGACCGAAAUCGACAUCGAAAAUCAUGUGCUCCAAGCAACGGUCAAACUGUCGGAUGGUUCCGAAGGAAGGGUGUUUAGCCGCUCGCCCCGGAACAAGGACUUCCUGUUCUCGUACAGCUGUCACAUCUGCGGUGUCCCUUGUCUGGUUGGUGAACGGAUGCUGCAGAUUCACAUGGCCGGACGUCGUCAUCAGGCCCGGCUAAAUGUGAACGUGUUUGAUGCCGAACAGUAUCGGGCUUCCUUGGUGACAAAACCCAAACGUAAGACAACAUCACCGGGCACAGAUGGAACGUCGGCCGCAGACUCCGCGGACGGUGCAUUAGCCGAAGGGGAGAACAAACCUGCGGCGCAGCUUCAAGGCGUGCUGGAUGGCUACAGAUCGGGGCCACUCGUGGGUUUGGAGUACAUCAUCGAGGUGAAGGGCAACGACCUUACCUACCAGUGUGCCCUGUGCGAUAUUCGCGGUAAUAAUGAGAGCGGUAUUACGACCCAUAUCAUUCUGCCCGAGCACCGCAUAAAGUUUCUCGAGAAGCACUAUCCAACGGUGAUGAAGCAUCUCGCACCGUAUCGCAACAGGGCCGGCGCCGAUGCGAAGGAAAGUGUGUUUUGUCGGGUCGUACAAACGGUUUGCGAAGCGAUCGAGGAUCAUCAUGGACGAAUGACACCGCAGGCGUACGAGGGUGACGAUUUCUUUCGCAACAGGACAAAGUACAUCCAGGCUGUGAAGUUUGGCCAGCACUUUGACGAGCAUACUGGGCCGAAGUUUGUGGAGCUGAUCGAUAAGAAGGUACUGCAAGAUUUGAAGUCGGCCGCCCAGGAGAACCCAUCUGCUUCGGUCGAUGGUGAAGGUGGUGGCGGCGGUGGCGGUGGCGGUAUCGGUCACCGAAGGUAUCGCAACCGGAACGAGCGCGGUAGUCUCGAUUCAAUUUCUAGCUUGAGUAGCGCCAAUUCGGUGAUGAGUAUUUCAUCGAGUGGCGACCAAAACAAUGAUCACGAGCGGUUGCGCAAGCGCAGCCCCUUGAAUCGUUCUGGCGAUAGUGCUCAACGGUUUCGCCGACAGCCCGUGAAAGAUUCAAAAUUGCCCCCCAGCAAGAUGGCUCCAACACCAGCGGAACUGUCGCGACAAGCGGAACAGUUGGCGCACGAGCGCUACAAGUGGGAAAAGUAUCGCUGUACUGUUGACCUGGCCGUAGCCCAGUUGACAAAGCAGAUGAAGGAGUACGAGAAAAACCCGGAAAAACAUCCAAAGUACUCGGAGGAGUGGAAAAUGUUUUGGAACCGCCGGUACAAGGAGCUACAGGCGGAAAAGAAGGACCCGCAGAAACACAACUUCAAACCGGAAUGGAUCGAGUACUGGACGAAGCGCAUGAAGGAUCUUCACGAUGAGGAGGUGCAGCGCAAGAAGCUCGAAGUGCGCACAAAGUUGAACUUAACGGCGGAGGAGGAAGAUCGAACGAACGAACUGCGGGAACAGUACACUCUACGUGUGCCGCCAUCGGCCGGGGCGACGGUAGCGAAGGCCUCGCGUACGAACGACUCCAAAGCCAGCUACCGUGUCAGUGAUUCGGAAGACGAAGCGGACUACAAAGGUGGACAACCGCACGCGUCGGCGGCUCGUAGCAAAAAGCGUGCCGUUCCCGGAUCAUACUAUGCCGAAUGGGAACCACCAUCAUACAAGCGCGCUGCGUCGCAUUCGCGCCGCUCCCGCAGUCCGAUCAGCGACGAUGAUCCCAAGUGGAUGUACCGUGGAACACCGCAGGUGGGAAGCAAGCGUUCGGAGCCGCCAACGGUGCCGGACCAUGUGGAUUAUGACGAGUGGGCUAAGAACUAUUACGGUCCCAACAAUAAGGUCUUCGUACGCACGGAUUUUGAUGCGAGAAAUGCGGAACCGAUCAAUUUCAUUUCUGUUUUUCGUCUGCUGACCGCGUUAGAAGACUACCUUGGCAGCCUGGGACCGAAGGUGAUCGAUCUGCUGUCGAAGGGAUUGGCACUCGAAAAGGUUAAGGCAAACUCGGCCGACGAUUUGCUGCUGAACGAAGACAACAGUAUGUUCCUGGAAACGGUGAAGGAAAAGCUAAAGGGUCACAUGAUGGCCGGUACGAUCGAUCUCCCCAAGACGACAGCGAUCAAGAAGGCAAUCCAGAAUAUCGCUAGCCUGCUGCAUGAGGCUUCCAAGCGCGAGCCAGUGGCACCGAAACCGGCGGAGGAAGAAGUGUCGCGUGAUUCACUGGUGCCCAGUGAGAGUGGUGCGGCAUCCAUCGCUGCCUCUUCCGAGCGUGGGCGUAGCGGACUCGAUAAGACGGCCAUCGCCGGGCAACUGGCGAAGGCAUUGGUGGCUCAGGGUAAGACAGAUUUUUCCACCGAAGAGCUGGAGCAGCUUAUCAACGUUUACAUUGCGAUGGUGGAAAUGUCACGUGAAAGAAAAACCAUCAUCACCACCAAGACCUAUCUGACCGCACUACCCGCGGGCGGCGGCACUGGCAGUGGUGGUGGUGUAAGAAUUGGUAGUGAUAGUGCUGACGACGGUGGUAUGAUGCACAGAGAACAAUCGGGUGCGAUGAUAGGGCUGGGUCCGAUGUUUGAUCGUAAGCGAGUCGAUCCAUCGGCGAUGAAAGUUGGCCGAAGGGUACCGGAAGUUGCCAAGAAAGUAACAUCUGCACCGAUCGCCAAGAUCAGAUCAUCGACGAUGUUGGAGAACAUAUCCGAUUCCGAUUUGCAAACACUUCUUAAAAAUUUUAAAGACCUUGUGGGUGAAGAACAAAUGCAUCUGAUAUCGUAUCUGCGGAAGCUCGAGCGUUCGGAACCAGAGCGUGUAGAGCGUUUGCGCCACUACGUCGACUUCGACUCGUUGGACAAUUCUGGUGUGGCCGGCCGGACGUCGGAUGACGAACGGAACAGCUAUCAAGAUCCGGAUGAUGAUCUCGAUUUCGAUUCCUACCGACAAAACGCACCGAAUCGGCAGUCUCCGUCAAAUCACCGAAAUGUGUCACAAAAGCUUCCACCGAGUGCCACUCUAAAGCAAACGAACCUGCAAUUGGACAAACAGGCCAAACAGGCUAAACAGGACAAGCAGUUCAUGGAUGAUUCCGAGGAUGAUGAAGAUUACAGUUAUGAUGAUAUUUUACGUGCGGCCUCGAAGAACGUGUCGUCACUACCAGCCAGGGAUGUGAGUGAGGCACAUGACGCUAGUUCUAACCAGUCGCAGCGCCUGAACGUACCGGACGUUGCUUCCAGUGGUUCAAAUGCACCGGUUUCUUCGCUCGCCGAUACCAACAACUUGGUUGCGAAUUUGAUGGAAUCACUACAGAAAUCUUUCUCAGAUGCCUCCAAUAAAGGGACGGCAGGCUCAGCUGGAAAUAGCGAUUACUCGAACCCAAUAUUAACCAUCGGGUCGCUGGGUGGUAAUGGAGCACAGGGUUCGGACGGUGGAAUACCAGCGGCAAAAGGAGUGAGCAUUCCAGCGAUCAACACUUUCGGUACAAACGGGAAGGGACCGAAUGCCUCUGCGGUGGGACCGUUCUACCAACAACAGCCCAACAUGCAGGCGAUGAUGCAACAGCAGCAAAUGGCUGGUGCCUUUGGUCAGCACCAGCAGAUGUCCCAGACUCCGAUGCAACCUUUCGGACAGCAGUUUAUGUACCAAGGGCAACAGCCGUUUGCUGGAAACAUGAAUGGUGGCCAGCAGCAGAUGCAAGCGCAGCAACAGGCGGCCCAAUUCGGUUACGGAAAUUACGGCGGUUAUUAUUGAACAGAAAGAAAACCAUGAACUCCAUUUUCAUGUCCGUUCGUUGCUUUUUUGCACUUAAAAACACGAGGCCAUUUUUAGCAAGAAAGUACGAGAAUAAAGCCACCGAA